AUGGCUUCCCUUACCGCCAAGCCUCUGGACCCUGCCCUGAUGACCCGCGAAGAGCUCCGUUUCCUUACAAAGCAGCCCGAUUACAACACACUCAUUAUCGACUCACGGGAGCUCAGACGCCGAAUCUGGCUUAGUGAACCUCAAAGAUGGACGACCACAAGAAGCCAAUGGCAUGUUGGUCUAGGAGAUCUCGACAAACUUCCUCUCGAAUUACAAUUAUAUAUCUUUGCCUCAACUCCCGUCAACAGUCUCAUCGACCUCCGAGCCACCAACUCCCAUGCCAAACAACUCAUUGAGCAAUGGGAGCCAUUCAGAACCGUCAUGAGCUAUGGUCCUGAUGCAGUCCGCGCACUCCUGGCUACUAACGCCGGUUGCUUAUGGACAGUACCCCAGCUGGUCGACGUCCUCUUCACUUCUGAAUGCGAGUUCUGUGGGGAGCAUGGAGAGAUAUUGCACUUGUUGCAGCUCAAGCGCUGCUGCUUUCAGUGCCUCUCUCAAGAGCGUGAACUCCUAGCAGUCAAUCUCGGCUACGCUCAGUACACCAUGAAGCUUUCCCAGGCCGAGCUGAGAAAGCUUCCGCAACUGGUGACCGUCACUCAGAACUCCUUCUGGGGUUUCCCAGCCCAGAAAGGUCACGUUUUCGACUACAAGGCCGCCUUAAACUUUCUCCGACGGCAAGGGCCUAGGGCAUUACCUACUCGGGAUCAGACAAAAUCAGCAGUUGACAAAAUCACGCUGGUCCGGACUGGAAUCGAACUACCUGCAAACCGACGCAGUAUCCAACCACAGCCGCAUUCAUCAAUACAAACCCGCCGUUGCCAAACACCUUUGUCUCUACUGGCCGAGGAAGUCUCUCCGCCUGAAACAACUUACGCACAACACGCCUGUGCAGUCCGAAUUCCCGCCUUAAGGCGCCAGUCUAGGCGCUUUGUAGACGGCACCCUCCAGACGGCUGUCUCGAAAUUCGAGGCGGUCCACUGUGCCGGGUGUGCCUACUACUGGAACUACCACUCAUCGUUGCCAUGGCAGUUUCACCGGCUCUACCGACAUCAACUGGGACUUGUGGACACAGAGUUCACGAGACAUCUGAAACACUGCGUGUAUGCUCGGCUGCAGUGGAGACGGAUCCACAAUCCGUGGAAUCCGUUACCAAAGGAGGACAUCGAGCAUGUCCUGAGGCACUUCAGGCUAUCGUUUCUUCCAAGACAUAGCAGAUUCACUUUCACCGAGGCGAAUGCCCUGUUUGAGACUAUCCCAGACGAAGUUGUCACGCUGAUGGACUCCAGCGACACCGACUCGACUGCCUUUCAGCCGCAGUAUAGCUGGCCAGAGCUCAAGAAUGGCGACGACGAGCCCGCAAACAGCAGACAAUCACGAGCCACUAUCUUGCAACUCGAAAGGUUGAGGAAGCUCGCGCGCCUUCAUCCCAUCGACAAGCGAGACCACUACUGGGAUAGCUUAGUGAGCCAAGAAGCAGUCAGCCAAGCAAACUGGGCGUGUGCAAACGUCCAGAGCGGUAGAUUCUCUCUCUUCCGUGGACCGACUUCGGUUCUGUUACAGAAGAAGCGACUAUACGAGAAGAAAUUUCGAGCGGAGGGAAGACCAAAGGGCCGACAGCCGGAAUGGGGAUUUGGUUACUUCUACCUUUGA